AUGUCAAAAGUCGACUUCCUCCUCGAGCUCCCUAUAGACAUCUCCUCUGCCUCCCUCCAUCCUGCUCGCUACCAGCCUCUCGAGAGCUUGCUUAUCGCUGCUGAGAUGCACAAGGACUCCUCCCAGCAGCUCAUGGACGGCGCUCAGCACAACGCUGCUGCCUCCUGCUCCUGCCAGGUGCAAGCCUCCACAGUACCUCCCGGGCUUGCUUCCAUGUCGGGCGUCCAGUACAAGCAGGAGAUCCUCCCGACUCUGGAGCACUUGGUCCGGAGCUCCAACCUGAUGAUGAUGCUUGACCCCUCCCGGUCCUCCGGCAACGCUUCUGCUCUCCCCUCCCUCCCCCUCCUCUCCCGAGACAGGAGCCUUCUGGAUCUUCACGCCUACCCUCAUGCUUCCCCCGUCUUGUCGGAGACGCCUGCCGCGUCUGUUGUUCGUCCUCUUGCCCAGCUAGCGACCUGCUCAGUGGUUCUGAGCAACUCGUUGGAGCUUGCGCAGCAGCGGACCCUUCUGCAGCAGCUCCUGAGCCAGACCCUGAGCAUGAACGCUGCCGCCAACAGCAUGCUCAAGGAGAGGAAAGACCAGCAGCAGGGCAGCCUGCUGGAGAAGCGGAGGGCGAGCGAGGAGGAAGGCAUCGACUACGCGCAGUGCCUCAAGAAGUCGAGGGUGGAGCAGGAGUCUUGCAUGCACUCCCUCCAGCAGGCUCUGAGGAAGGAGCUCGGAGCUGCUUCUUCGCAGCCUGCUCUCCUCAAGGCCGAGCAUCGGUUUGUGUCGCGCAAGCGCCUGGGUAUCGUGCAUGACCGACGGGGGAGGCUGAGGGAGGUGGAGGACUUGUUCCUCGACUGCCCGCUCAUGCGCCCCUACAUCGAGAUGGGAUACAGCGCUCAGGUAGCACGCGAGAGGAGCAAGGAGACAAGGGGGAGGAUAAGCUCAAGGAUAGAGCAUGGAGGGAGACUGAACACUUGGAUGAGCAUAGAGCUGGAUGCUGAGAGCGGGAAGAGGAAGGAGAUCAUGUUUGGAUCCCGGCUGGCGGAGCUUCUUGGGGUGACGACUGAAGAGCUCAUGUGCAGGUUCAGAAGUCACUCCGCCCCUCUCCCGUGCAGCGAGAUCGACUUCAUCUGCUACCUCGUCGACGAUAUGGCCAUUACAACUCACCUCCUGGUGCACUCGAGGGGCUCAAACUGGAUGAAGCCGGUGAAGGACUCGGAAGAGAGCGAUGCUCUCCAUCACUCACAUCAGGGAGCACGAUACCCUGGGACGUCUCGUGCGUUUGACAACCUUCUACACGCAUGCGACUGA